AUGCCACAAACAAAAAAUUCAAUGAAUACUAUGUUAAAUAGAUGUAAAGAUUUUUAUCGUGAUAAUAAAACACAAAUUAAACUUAUUGAAGAAUUUAGAAAUACAUACACAUCAAAUGAAACAAUUGAUUGGUACAUCAAAGAAUCUUUUCUUUAUAAAGUAGUGAAUCGAGCUUUUCGAACAAAAGAUAUAACACUAUGGUAUUUAUUUCGUUAUUAUAUUAUUGAUCUAUGUAAACAAUUGGAACAAGUUCAUAAAAAACAAAAUAUUCAAACAAAUUUAAAACUUUAUCGUGGUCAACCUUUUAUAUUAACAGAUGAAUUAGAAUAUUUGAAAUCAAAUAUUGGUGGUUUAUUUUCAAACAAUGGAUUUCUGUCCACAUCAAAAGAUUUUAAUAUUGCUAAAUUAUUUGGUCAGGAUGCUCUCCAUACUGAUCAAUUUAAUCCUGCUAUUUUUGAAAUAACUGUCGAUGGAUCUAAUCUUCAAAAUACGAUUUUUGUUGAUAUUGAAAAAUAUAAUGUUUCUUCUGGUGAAAGGGAAGUCUUAUUUAACCCUUAA